AUGGCGCUGGACCCCCGGGACAUGACUUCCCCCCGCGGCAUCGCACAACAGCUCGCACUCCUCACACAGCGCGACGCAGACCUCGCCCUCGCCCUCAACGCCCUCGUCGCAGACAGGCGCGGCAUCGACCACUCCCUCACACACCUCGCACAGCUCGCAAACCAUGUCAACUCCGUCCUCAUCCAGGUCGACGGCAGAGGCGGCCCUGAUGGCCACCUCAGCGGCCUCGGGCUCCAAACAGAUGGCCACCAGACCCUGGGGGACGAAGACGAGGGGCUCGUAGAGCGAGUGCGGAGAGUCUGGGACACGAGCGAGAGAGUAGGAGGCAAAGUCAGGCGCCUGGACGAGCAAGUGGGAAGGGUCAAGGAAUCAACCGACAUUGUCACCGAGGUGCUGGGACUCAAGAAUGCCCUACAGGCGCUUUCCGCAGCGAUUGCCAAAGAUGACUGGGAGUCGGCCUCGCGUGCAUGCCGGCGUGCCAUGUCGGUACGAAAGCAAGUCCUUGAGGGCAACUUUGCCAACAACGUCGUGCCCACGUCGCAAUACCCUCUUGCGCCAUCCCAAACCCUUCAAGAACUGCGCGACAUCCUCCUCUCCACCUUUCGACGCGAAUUCGACGACGCCGUGGCCCGCAAAGAUGAACCGGGCGUCAGCCGCUUUUUCCGUCUUUGGCCUGCCAUCAGUGCCGAAAAUGAGGGCUUGGAAGCGUACGGCGACUUUGUUGUCGGCCUUGUCAAAGCCCGCAGCCCGACGGCUGGCAAGUCGUCCUCUCCGCUGUACUAUCUCACAUCCCUCACCAACCUGCUCGAGUCUAUCGCUCAUAUCAUCGACCAGCACCAGUCUGUCGUGGACAAGUAUUAUGGAUCUGGGCGUAUGGCUGCUGUAGUACUGAGACUGGUCGGCGAAAGCGAUCGUGUAGUUCGAAAUCUCGUUGAAGGGUGGGAAGAAGAACGUCGUGUCGGGCGUCUGAUAUCAGACACCAAAUCAUCAUCCUUCUUGCUUCUUUCCAACCCCGCCCUCCUUCCACCCCUCUUCCCCUCAUUACUGCCUUCCAACGCCAACCCCAUAACGCUCGCAACGAUUGCCAACACCACCACUUCGGCGCUCCCCAACUUGUCUUCGGCAUCCAACCUGCUGCACUCGUACACGCAAGGCGGAAAGAAGCCCAUGCCCCCGUCUGUCGUGCAGGCUCAAAACGAAGCGCAGGGGCAGAGUGAAGAAGAAGCGGAAAAUGGGCCCGACCCGAGAGAUGUGGAUAAAGUGCUAGGAGAACUGGUGGCUCUCGGUGGAAGAUGGGCAUUGUUCAGAAAGUUUAUCUGGAGCCGGAUCGCUGAUGAAGAGGAAGAGAGCGGAAAUCAGGAUAUCGACUCAACAGCGGACGAAUCGCCAGAGACCAAGACCAAGAACCAGAAUCAAAUGGAUAUUCUCGACAACUCUGGUAGCCAACGUGCCAUAGAAAAUCUCCUUCGCACGUACUACGAGCCUCUUGAAAUGUGGUUUCUUCGCAUGUCCAUCGAGAAGGCGCACAAGCUGGACUCUCCCGAUAUUGGCUCUACGCCGCACCUCUCAUCCAUCCUGGAUGAUACGUUUUACCUGCUGAGGCUCGUCCUCUCGAGACUCUUGUCUUGUGGAUCGGUGCACACGCUAAAGAGCAUGAGAAAGAAGCUUGGGGAGGUCGUGGAAAGGGAUUACACAGCGGUGAUUAGAAUGAAGAUGGAAGGGGUGUAUGCCGUUCCGUCUAGCGGUACAGAGAGGGAGAGGCGGGAGAAGGAAAAGGACAAGAGGGAGGCAUUUAUCAUCUACCUCAACGACCUGGACGUUUCUGCCGACUACAUGGAACGUCUGAUAGAAGAGACCUCCCAUCGCCUUCCCCAAGUAUUCUUGGAACCUGAACUCGUCACUGUGCGCGAAGAGUUGGAAGCGAUGCGCGACAUUUCACACCGUUUCCGAUCCGUUUGCAAGACCGGACUCGAGCAGCUGCACAAUCAGCUCACACGCCCUCGCCUGCGUCCGCUGUUGGAUGAGACGUAUGUCAACAUUACAUAUCUGUUGGACGAAGACAGUUUCGGGGAAGCGGAUGAAAUGGAGUAUGUGAAGAAGAGAUUUGUGAGAGGUUGGGAAGCCCUCAUUGAUGGGUACCGCGAGAGCUUUACGGAUCACAACUACCAGACGUGGUUUGGCCUCGCCGUCGAAGUCUACGUGAGACACUGGGAAAAGAUGAUCCUUUCCAUGCAAUUCACCGAGCUGGGUGCAAUUCGCUACGAACGAGAUGUCCGGGCUAUCGUGAAUUACCUCUCAUCCUUGACCUCUUUUGGAGGGGCGAGGGAAAAGUUUACCAGGCUCCAUCAAAUUGGCACAAUUUUGAACCUAGAUGCAGACGAGGAUUCUGAAGAGUUCUACAGCAACUCGGGUGUGCCGUGGAGGAUCAGCAAGGUGGAGUAUGACAGUAUCUUGGAGCAGAGGCAGUAA